GCGCGCCUCCUUCCUCUCCUCAGCGGGCUCGGAGGCGGGAGCGCGCCCGCCCUCGCGGGGCACGCGCAGCAGGGCGCGGCCUCCCUCUCUCUCUUCCUCCUCCCCUCCGCCGAGCGUGGGGCCGGGCGGGCGGAGUCUCCCUGGCUCCCCCCAGCCCCGCCGGGCUGACGUGGCCCGGCUCGGACAUGGCGGACGGCAGCAGGCAGAUCAAACUGGCCGCGGCCAAGAAGAAGCUGAAGGAAUAUCAGCAGAAGAAUAGCCCUGGAGCAACAGCAGCAGCCAAGAAGAAACGAAAAAGUAAAGAUGGAAGUAGACCUGAGACUCCAACAAAUGAUGACAGAAAGUCUCCAGAGAACAUUCAGAACAUUCUGAAGGUGCUGGUGUCAGACCUUAACCGAUCCAAUGGGGUAGCCAUACCCUCAUUGGACAAGAGGAAGGCAUACUUUGACAGUGAUGUUACCGCUCAUAAUGCUGAACAGCUUGCUGCUGAGGUCCCCGUGUUAUCUAACAGCAACAGUCUACCUAGCUGUGGCUCUGUCAUGCCUGGUCCUGGUAGCAUGCCGCUGUCACAGAUACAGGAUGCCGAUGAUCCUAAAAAUGCCUUGGAUGAAAAUAGGUCUCUCUCAUCGACAGAGAGUCUCCGCCAGUUGUCUGAGCAGCUCAAUGGCUUGGUCUCUCAGUCCACAUCCUAUGUGAAUGGCGAAAGUGCUGUGUCUUCCACAAAUAUGAAGGAGAUGGAGACACGUUACCAGGAGCUGGCAGUAGCCCUAGAUUCCAGCAAUCUAACUAACAAACAGCUCAGUACAAAACUAGAGGAAUUGAAACAGCAAAACCAAGAGGCUGUGAAUCAGCUGGAGAAGGAAAAGAAGGGGUUUGAACAGAAGUUUGCCAAGGAGCAAGGAGCAUUGAGGGAACAGCUACAGGUUCAUAUCCAGACUAUUGGAAUCCUAGUCUCUGAGAAAUCUGAAUUGCAGACAGCUCUAGCACAUACACAACAAGCUGCCCGGCAGAAAUCAGGAGAAGCUGAAGACCUUGCUGCACGGUUGCAGUCAUCUCGCCAGAGGGUAUCUGAGCUGGAACGCACUCUGUCCUCCAUCUCUACGCAGCAGAAACAGUUGGAGAAACAUAACAGAGAGGUAGUGAAGGAGAGAGACAGCCUGAAACUGGAUCUGUACAAACAAAGCAAAGGCAGUGAGGAACUCAAGCAGCAGAACUCGGAACUGUCGGAAAAGCUUCACUCCCUGGUCUCUGAGAACUCCGCCAUGAAACUGGAUUUGGAGGAUUUGCAUAAGAAACUGGAAAUGGCUGAACUGAUGAUUCAACAGUUUUCAAGUCAGUCUGGGAUUCUGGAUGCAAACCAGCAGUUGCAGAUGGCAUUGGAAGAGCGGGCAAACCUGGAAACACAGAUUACUCAGCAGUCAGAGUCGCUUCGCCAGCUCCAGGCUGAAAGGGAUCAGUAUGUAGAGAAGCUGAAGGAGGAGGGCAGUAUCUGGCAGCAGCGGGUACAGCAGCUCUCUGAGCAGGUCCAUAUGCUGAUGGAGGAAAAAGAGAGGAAUAUGACCCAGAUUCAGGAGCUGGAAGCCAGUGUUGCUGAGAUGCUAAGCAAAUCAGCUAAGCCUAAAGACAGUGAGCCUGCCCUGCCAGGAGGGCCCACGGAAGCUGAGCUGAACCUGCAGUCAGAGGUCCAGCGGUUGCAGCAAGAGAAGGAGGAGCUUCAUGGGCAGUACCAGGCCCAGGUGCGGGAUAACGAGCAGCUGAGCCACCUCAACCAGGAGCAGGAGGAGCGGCUGCAGGAGCUCGAGAAGACUGUGCAGCGCUAUAGCGAGGAGUCUGUGGACAGACAGCAGAUCCUGGAAAACAUGCAGAGCGACAAGGCCACCAUCAGCCGAGCUCUCAGCCAAAACCGGGAGCUGAAGGAGCAGCUGGCCGAGCUGCAGAACGGCUUUGUCAAACUGACAAAUGAGAACAUGGAGGUGACAAGCGCUCUGCAGUCGGAGCUGCAUGUGAAGAAGGAAUUAGCCAAGAAGAUUGGGCAGCUACAGGAGAAGUUGGCUGAGCUCAAAGAGACGGUGGAAUUGAAAACUCAGGAGGCUCAAGGCCUGCAGGAGCAGCGGGAUCAGUACUAUGGCCAUUUGCAACAGUAUACGGUGGCAUACCAGCAUCUGGCCGCUGAGAAGGAGGAGCUGCACAAACAGUACUUGCUUCAGACACAGCUCAUGGACCGUCUGCAGCAUGAAGAAGUGCAAGGCAAAGUGACAGUGGAGUUGCACCUGAAGGAGCUGCAGGAGACCAAGGAAAGCCUGGCAGCUGUAGCCAAAGAAAACAGAGAGCUGCAGGCCCAGAUCAGUCAGUUAGCAGCAGAGUUGGACGAUAAAAUGUUGCACCGAGUGGAAGGAGAUGGAGUGGAGAAUGAAAAGAUGGUAGAAGAAACUGUGAAAUCUUCACUCAUGAUCCCAGAGGAUUUUGAAAGCCGCGAAGAAAUGGUCACUUUCUUGACAUCCGCCAUGUCUCAAGUGGAGAAGGAGCGAGAGGAGAUGCGGCAUCAGCUGGUGGAGCAGAAACGACAAUGUAGAGGUCUCCUGCAGCAAAUAGCAGCUCUGAGGCAGGAGCAGCAACACAAUGUCACAUCGGGUGGAGGUUAUACUACAGACACUGUCCCAGUGGAGGUUCAUGAGGCUUUAAAAACUGCCAUGGAGAAACUACAGUCCCGCUUCACAGAUCUGAUGCAAGAGAAGGCUGACCUGAAGGACCGAGUGGAGGAGUUGGAGCAUCGCUGCAUACAGCUGUCUGGCGAAACAGACACAAUUGGGGAGUAUAUUGCAUUGUACCAAAGUCAGAGGGCUAUCCUAAAACAGCGGCACCGGGAGAAAGAGGAGUAUAUCAGCCGCCUGGCCCAGGAUAAGGAAGAGAUGAAGAUGAAGUUAUUGGAGCUCCAAGAGUUGGUGAUGCGUCUGGUUGGGGAGAGGAAUGAAUGGUACAGCAAGUAUUUGGCAGCUGCUCAGAACCCAGACCUGCUAGUAAGUCAAGAAAGUGGAAGUGCCAUUGCAGUUGAGAGGCGCAUUGAACUAAACGCUACUGAUGGAGAAGGACUGCGAGAGGUGAGUUUAGCAGAUGAGCCAGAACAGGAGGCUGCAGUUCUUCAAUCCCACGUAUCUAGUCAUAGCAAAGGCCCCCAGCCCAGUCCAGAGGAUCCCACUGCUAAGCAAAUCAUGCAGCUUCUGAGAGAAAUCCAGAACCCUCAGGAGAGGGUGGGGUCCCUGUUGGAAAACCCCUGCAUUCCUUUCUUCUAUCGUGCUGAUGAAAACGAUGAGGUCAAGAUCAUGGUGAUUUAAAUGGCAUGAGAAACCUGGCUUGCAGCAAUUUUCUGUGAGCCUGUUAAGUACCCAAACUGCUUAAACUUACCCUGUAUCUCUGUCCAGAGCCCUCAGUCUGGACAGAUUUCCUGUUCAUGUGGAAAGAGGGAUUGCAUCAAACAGAACUCGAGCACCAGACCUCAUCAUCUCUCCCUUUUCUCUCUCCUCCUGUUACUUGGUGCACUCUGAGUACAGACUCUGACUUGAAGUAAUCAUGUGAGGCAGUCGGUAGUGCUGCCUCUGCUGACCCACAUGAAAGUGGCAGGACUUCUUCAUGACCUCUGACAGAGUAACUUGAACACUUAUUUCCUAGCUCUCUGACAGGACUCUGCUGCUGGCAGCCAGCUUCUCAGCAGCGAUUGGCUUGUGACUGUUGCACCAGCCAUGAUCGCUAUCUGCCCAUCUCCUUCCAAAAGCCUCCUAAAGUAACUUAUUCUGGCAACAAACUUUGGAUUCUGAAUGAUUAUUGGUAUGUUUCACACCAUAUAUCUUAAACUUCCCAUUUUUCUCCGCAGCCUGUCCCCUGCACUGUAUCUGAAACCAGCCUUGUUAGUCCCAAACAGCCAAAAGACGCAGGCUUCCUGCCUGACUAGGCAGCACGACAGAAACUUUUAUUCACAUUAGAUGGGGGGAAGUGGCCAGGGAUUGCCUUCUGAGUCCUCUUGGGACAGAUGCUUGGUUACUUGAUAUAAGCUUUAUGUGGUUGAGGGUUGGGUGGAAAUGUAACUGCACUUUGAAGGAUGAUGUUUCACCUUGUUUGUCUAAAAGUUUUAUUUAUUUAAAAAAAGGGAGAAAUAAGUAAAAGCAAAUCACUUAAUAAACGUGCUUUGUUUUGAAUUUCUGGACUCUGGGAUUCUAGUUCCCCAUCUCUUGGAUUCCUUUUUCUCCCUACAUCUCCACACGGACAAGGCUUCCACUAGCUGAGUGCAUUAGGAACCUUAGUCUGCUCCCGGUAAUUCCAGACACACAUGCAAGAGAUGGAGCUGUCACCUGGAAACACUUAAAAGUUGCAGAACUGACUGAGGAGAAAACUAGGUGACAAACAUUUGAGUUGAAUGUUUGUGCUUAGAGAAUCAGUUCCCUGAUCUAGAAGCAAAGAAAAUGGAUUGUGAUGAAUGGAGCAACUCGCUGAAAGACACUCUAAAGAUGGUGUGUACAGGGCUCAACCACAAUGGGUUACCAUCUCCAUCUGCUAGGAAUAACAUCAGUGUCUGAUAAGUACAUAUGGGUUUAAAAUCUAGAACUUGUUGCCUGCUGUCUGUGGGCUCAGCAAUCCCAGUGGCAGGUCUCAAAGGAGAACUCUCUGGAGAGUGCGUGUGUAUUUUAAGGAGACCUAACUUACGUAAAGUUGUGCAAUGCAAGACAAAUUCCAGGUUGAUGACUUAAAAGCACAUGCACAUGCUUGGCUCCCAUUGGUGCCGUUCUGUUUGGAACAGAGAGGCUCUGGCAAACAGGCUAUGCUGGUUUAUGACUUUUCUUAGUUAAAAUUCUGCAGGUCCUUUCUAUAAUCAGUUCUGUCUUAUUUUGAUCAAGACCUUUUUUUUUUUUAACCUGGAACAGGGAACAGUUGUUCCACAGCGAAAAGCACAUGACGAUUGGGAUUUUUUUUAAUGAAUUUAAACUUUUAUUUUAGUGGGGGAAGAGGUUCUGUGGAAUAAAAUCAAUGCACUCCUCUGAAAUUUGAACAGCUGAAUUUUAGCCUAUCUGGGGAGGAUAGAAACUGUUUUUAAGUCCUUUCAUUUGAACAGCCCUGGUAUUGACUGUCAGUGUUGUGGGCAGAGUGCACUGCUGGAGGCAUCAUGCAGGGCACUAGCAAGGUGGGCCUACAAGCUCCUGUUUGCAUGAGUUUGUGUACAUAGUGUAUCUGUGUAACAUUUUGUAUAUUCCUUGAAAAAAGAAUAUGGCCCUUUGCAGCAUUUUUGCCUGCUGGGGGUGCUCAUAACCUGUAUUAUAAAAAAAUGAUUUAACUGCAGUGGAGAAGGGUUGUGAUUUAAUACAGAGCGUUAUUAUUAUAAAAGGGGUAAAUAUUUAUUGGGUGUUCUAGUCCAGGAAUGUGAAGGAAAAUACUGUUGGAGAAAUUUUUGCAUUCUGCUGCAGCGGUGAUUUAAUCCUGUUAUAAAUUCUUUCUUUCUGAAUAAACUUAUUCAGGCAGGCA